UUAUUGCAAGACGUUUGGCGCGGGUGAUAGACCGUCCGCUGACAGCGGCGAGGAGACAGCAUAAGUUAGCCGCCUAAGAUACGUUUUCUAGUAAUUUCUGUGUGGUGGGUGGACCGAGGGACGAAAACAGCACUUGUAGGUGUACCGAGGUUCAGUGGGUGUGAUUUUUAUCCGGGGACUCUCUCUCCGCCUUCACUUGUUUCGCCGUCAGUUGAAGCUUGUCAGGCGGCAGGCUCGGACGGAAAUCCUUCCAAAAUGCCUCCCAUCGAGAAUGACACCGGGAGGAAUGAACUCAAAUCCCGGAUACAGGGGCUCAUCGACUCCAAUCAAGUGAUGGUUUUCAGCAAAAGCUACUGUCCGUAUUGCGUCAAGGUGAAAGACCUGUUCAAAGAGCUGAACGUCAAAUGCAAUGUGGUGGAGUUGGAUCUCAUUGAGGAUGGACCCAACUACCAGGAUCUGCUGCUGGAGAUGACAGGACAGAAGACUGUUCCCAAUGUCUUCAUCAACAAGACGCACAUCGGCGGCUGUGACAAAACGAUGCAGGCCCAUAAAGACGGCGUUCUUCAGCAGCUUCUUGAGAGUGGAGACAACGAGGCCUACGAGUACGACCUGAUCGUCAUCGGAGGAGGAUCUGGAGGCCUGGCCUGCUCAAAGGAAGCUGCCAUGCUGGGCAAGAAGGUGAUGGUGCUGGACUACGUUGUUCCCACGCCGAAAGGAACCACCUGGGGUCUGGGUGGAACCUGUGUGAAUGUUGGCUGCAUCCCCAAGAAGCUGAUGCACCAGACGGCCCUGCUGGGCACGGCCAUGCAGGACGCCCGCAAGUUUGGCUGGGAGUUCAACGAGACAGUGAAACACAACUGGGAGACGAUGACGACGGCGGUAAACAACUACAUCGGCUCACUGAACUGGGGCUACAGGGUGGCACUGAGAGACAAGAAUGUCAACUAUGUCAACUCCUACGCAGAGUUCAUAGAGCCACACAAAAUCAAGGCGACAAACAAGCGGAAGAAGGAGACUUUUCACACGGCAGCCAAGUUUGUCAUCGCUACAGGAGAGAGGCCGCGCUACCUGGGCAUCCCUGGAGACAAGGAGUACUGCAUCACCAGUGACGACCUGUUCUCGUUGCCUUACUGCCCGGGGAAGACCCUGGUGAUCGGGGCCUCCUACGUGGCUCUGGAGUGUGGCGGCUUCCUCGCCGGCAUCGGUCUGGACGUCACCGUCAUGGUCCGGUCCAUCCUGCUGAGGGGCUUCGACCAGGACAUGGCCAACCGGGCCGGCGAGCACAUGGAGGAGCACGGCGUCAAGUUCAUCCGUAAAUUUGUCCCCGUAAAGGUGGAGGAGCUGGAAGCAGGCACUCCUGGCAGGCUGAAGGUGACAGCUAAGUCCACAGAGACCGACGAGAUCAUCGAGGGAGAGUACAACACUGUGUUGAUAGCAGUGGGCCGAGACGCCUGCACGGACAAGAUCGGCCUCGACAAGGCAGGGGUCAAAGUCAACCCCAAGAACGGGAAGAUCCCAGUGAACGAUGAAGAGCAGACCAACGUGCCGCACAUCUACGCCGUCGGCGACAUCCUGGAGGGCAAGUGGGAGCUGACGCCUGUGGCCAUCCAGGCCGGCAAGCUGCUGGCACGCCGCCUGUACGGAGGCUCGACUGUCAAGUGUGACUACAUCAACGUUCCCACCACUGUGUUCACCCCGCUGGAGUACGGCUCCUGUGGCCUGUCAGAGGAGAGAGCCAUCGAGCUGUACGGGCAGGACAACAUCGAUGUGUAUCACAGUCUCUUCUGGCCUCUGGAGUUCACCGUGCCCGGCAGAGACAAUAACCGAUGUUACUCCAAGAUCAUCUGCAACAAGCUGGACAGUGAACGAGUGAUCGGGUUCCACUACCUCGGUCCGAAUGCCGGAGAGGUGACUCAAGGCUUCGGAGCAGCCAUCAAGUGCGGCGUCACCAAGGAGCAGCUCAGCACCACCAUCGGCAUCCACCCGACCUGCGCUGAGGUCUUCACCACGUUGGAGGUGACCAAGAGGUCCGGCGGCGACAUCACCCAGUCCGGCUGCUGAGGUUAAACCCUGCUCAUUUAGCGGGCUGCUCUCAUGUUAAACUCCCCGACCGGUCGCUCUACCACCAGCUCCCAGUCAGCCUCCGCCCGGCCGCGCCCCGCCCCUCACUCCGUUUACAGGCCAGUUGUUUCUCAGGACAAACCUAACACCGCGGCCACAGCCUGAAUCGGUGAAACCGCUCGUCUCCAGCGAGAACGGGUCGGUUUUAGAUGGAAACUGAAGUGAAAUGCACUGAGUGAGGGGCCAUGUGGCGGCGUGGCUCGGAGCUGAGAGGUGACCUGGUGACGGUCGGCUCGCUGUAAUGAGGGCAGCCCGUUGAACAGCGGGGUUACUCUGCUUGUUUUCCUCCUGGGCGCCGCCAGCGUGUCCUCUCCAGAGGAGCACCGACACACACUGCCACUGCGGAUCGGUGUGUGUUUGGGCUGUUUGUGACGUCCUGGCCCGUAACCUGUAUUUCUGAGGUGGGCCAGGAUCGAUGUGCCUCUGCAGAGACGCCUGAGUUUGGCUCCCAACCCUUCGUCCAGCUCCCCAACGUAACACACUUCCCACUCACGCUCUUUGAGAUCGCCUUUAGCGAGGCAGGUAUAAAUUCAUGCACAGCCAGGUUUUGAAAGGAUGCACGGCUCUGAGCUCUGAUCCAGCUUGUGGUAUAAACACUAGGAUAUUAUUUAAUUUGGUAUGUGUGUACUUCUGAAUAAAACACGUCAUCGUGUCUCUUCACGUCGAGCCCUCAACAUUCCACGCAUUACUCCUCUAGAUAAAUCCUUAAGAAGAAACUGAGGUGUGCAUAGGGCAAUGUUACGCUGCUGUCAGCAUGUUGUCAUCGCUGUGUGAGGCUUUUCUGCCAUAAAGACGGCUCGACUUCUACUUCUACCAAAGUGUUAACCAAAAACCACCUGUGUUGCCGAGAGGUCGAGAGCUGACCAACUUUUAACUUCAUCAUCACUCGCAUCCACGUCUUUCAGGCCUUUUUGUUGCGCUGUGUCAGAAAACUGAACGAGAACUGAAUGGGAAAAAUCCAACAUGAAUUGUACUGAAUGUUCCAUGUAAAAAAAAAAAAAGAAAGAAAAAAAAGAGCAUUUUCAUAAGUUUUAAGUCAAUUAAGUUAAUGUCUGUUUGAUCUUGCUGGUUGCCUCUGCAUUAUGUGUAUGUAAAGAUGUAUCCGAUCUUCUAGAGGACAGUAUUCUGCUCACUGCCGUCAGUGGGACGUUUUGUCAUGUGUAUAAACGACUGCUUCACUGUCAAACCACUGUAGAGGAAUUCUCUUUCAAGACUUAAUAAAGGAUGUAUUCACCUG